GAGUACCCUGCACAAGACUCAUAUUUCCAAACUUACCAUCUCUGUCCAGCCUUGGAGCACUGUUGCCACAUUACAGUGAGCAGACAGGAACUCUCACAGAUGCUGUACUGAGAAUGCAGUCACUGUUUUCCCUACAACAGCGCAGCAGAGCACUACAUAAGUCUUGCUCACAGCUGGGAGGAGGACAGCCUUACCAGCAGCCUGAGCAGGAGCUGGGAAGUUUUGUGCUCUUCACACUGCAGGGAAAGCCUCUUUGCAUAAACUCUGCUCACAGGUUAUUAACAUCCUGCAGCAAGCCAUCACUUCAGCCUAAAGGUCUGUGGAAGAAGUAAGUGACGCAUGAAACCAGAUUAAAUUUUACAUCUAUUCACUCAGGAUCCUGAUGAGUGAUCCACAAGAAGAGGUAGAAGAUGGUGAAUUUCACAGAGAAUGCAACUGAGAAGUGCACUAUUAAUCAUGAUAUCCACCAGAUGUUAUCCCCUGUGGUGUACAUAUUUGUAUUUAUAUUAGGCUUGCCAGCUAACUGCCUUUCACUGUACUAUGGGUAUUUACAGAUCAAGGCUAAAAAUGAAUUGGGUAUCUACCUUUGCAAUUUGACCAUCGCAGACCUGCUCUACAUAUUUUCUUUGCCUUUUUGGCUUCAGUAUGUUUUACAGCAUGACAAUUGGACCUAUGAUGAGCUGCUGUGCAAGAUUUGCGGCAUCAUCUUGUAUGAGAAUAUCUAUAUCAGUGUGGGCUUCCUCUGCUGCAUCUCCAUUGACCGCUAUCUUGCAGUAGUGCACCCUUUUCGGUUUCAGCAGUUUCGGACAAUGAAGGCUGCUGUGAUCGUGAGCAUCAUUAUCUGGACUAAGGAAAUCAUGACAUGCUGCUUUGUCUUUACACAUGGGGAGGUCAGUAUGGAUGCUGAUAGCCAUGUGGUGUGCUUUGAGCAUUACCCCAUCAAAGAAUGGGAGCAUAAUGUCAAUUACUACCGCUUCUCUGCUGGCUUCCUUUUCCCCUUCUUCCUACUGGCCUUCUCUUACUGUGGGAUUUUACGAGUUGUCCACAAGAGUCCCGGAACUCAAAAGAAAAAGAAAAUCCAAAUUAAACGCCUGGUUUCAAGCACUGUUUUCAUUUUUUUAGUUUGCUUUGGACCAUACCACAUCCUCCUUGUGGUUCGAAGCUUGCUGGAGAACAGCUGCUCAUUUGCUGAGAAAAUAUUCAAUAUUUACCAUGUUUCCCUCCUGUUGACUACUUUUAACUGUGUUGCUGAUCCAGUAUUGUACUGUUUUUCCAGUGAAAGCACUUACCAGAACUUUGCCAAGAUGCGAGACUCUUGUUUAACGUGUUUAGGGUAUCUGAAGCCUGAGGCAAAGGAAUCCUAUCCACUGAACACUUCAGAACCUCCCAACAGGCCACAGCAUGAGCAACGACCAGGGUUAUUACAAAUAUCAUCUGAUGGUGCUGAAAUCAAGGACUCCUCCACAACUAACAUGGGUGGCCUAUAGCAGUCAUCAAAAGACAACAUUAAUCUAAAAUUUGCAGUUACAGCCAUGUGAGUGUAUCCGAGUCAUCCAUGUACUACAGUGUUACCUCCCAGAGGCUUAUUAGAAAUGCAGUACAGCAAGGUUGUUUCUGGAUAUGCCUGGGCCUUGGUAAUAGUGAGGAAAGCACACACUGGGUCAGUUCAGUUCCAAUCGUGUUUUUGUUGUCCUUGUGGCACCACUCAAAAACUGUUGUCCUGAUGACUCCAUUGACUGGAAUAAGCUAGUACUCAUGGCAUGUGGUUCUGUUGAAUUUGUCUUUAGCUGCUUUCUGUUUGCCCAGGUAGCAUCUAGAGAAAAUAAUUCUCUAUAAGCUGUCAUCGUAUGUUGAAAAGGCUGGAGAGAGAACAAAUUCAAUAUCCCCAUAUGUACUUUUAAAAAGAAAAAAACAAUCUAUAACUGAAAUAACUUUUUCAGCUGGUUGUGAGGCCUGCAAAGACUGUGCCAGAAGCAGCCUCCUAAACUCGCCAGUCCAAUAAUAUGUGUGGGGCGUCUUCUCCCAGAACAUCUGUUGAGUCCUUCAGUCUGUUGGUUGACUAUUGAAUCUCAGACUGUUGAACCUCAUCAUAAGGCUCCUAUUGACUUCCAAAGUAUGAGAACUCUUGGCUCCAAGGGGGAUAAAUAAUUUGAUCUGUUCACUGGGAGGUUGUUAGUAUGUGAAGUGCUUUGAACUGAUGUGCUUUCCUGAGUCACUGUGUUCAAAGACAAAUUUAAUUACAUCUGAAUCUUGCUACACCUAGCUAAGGUUUGAUUGUGUCCUUUGCAAUUUGUGUGUCUUGUGCAUCAUAGACCAUGCAGGCAAUUAAAUAAAAAUACAGUUGUCAGGGAAACUGGUAAAUGGAUUCUGCUCCCACAGAUACUAUGGCUUGUGGUUUUGUCAUUGUUCAAUAAAUGCAAUAUCAGAAAUAUGAUGUAUGAAUGAUCUGUGUUUCCUGGUUUAGACAGAAACAAAAUACAGGAAUGAGCAGAGAUAAUGGCAAUUGGUGCGUGUUGUGGUCUAUAGCACUGU